CUUGGAGUUAUUGGUAGUCACUUGGAGGAUAUCAUCCCCCAUUUGGCUGACAUUGCACUUGACUUUCCAUCUGAAAUUAAGAGGGUGCUGGUGGCGAUUGCGAGAAGAAGGAAGUUGCUCAAGGAUGAUGUUAUUAUUGCAUUGGCUGAUGAGAGCUGGGACGUUCUUGACCUCUCUGCAUCAGAUGUUUCGGAUUCGGGUUUAGUGAAAAUGACUGAUAUUUGUGGUUCUCUUCGAGCUAUUGAUAUUAGCCGGUGUGAUAAUAUUACUGCUAUUGGCGUUUCUGAACUUGUGCACUGCUGUCUUUCAUUGGAGACAUUGAGAUGUGGAGGGAGUCGGAAUAGUGAUCACACUGCACGCAGGUGCUUAGAUGUAUUAAAACCAGAAUACAAUGUAGAGGGAGAUUCAUGGGAAGAACUGGAGACUGAAGAUCUGGGUAAUGUUGCAGAUACAUUACGGCGGCUUGUGUGGCCACAGAUUGAUAAAGAUUCCUUGGAAAGAUAUUCCACUGAAUGCCCACGGAUUAUAAUAAAUCCAAAGUCAUCCCCAUUUGGCUUUAGAGGAACCCAAGUUCCUUGGGAAGCAUUACCUGAUGUCCAAUUGGAUAAUUCUGUUGUCAAGGAUAUUGAUCCAAAGACAUGGAUAACAUGGGGUUUUAUGCCAAGGGCAAUGUCUCCUUCUCCUUCAGUCUCAGGUCCCACGGAAUUGUCCUUGUCUGAAAAGUUCAGACUUGCAUUUGAAGAAAGGGAUGCCCGAUUCGCUCCAAAGCGUGCCAAAAAUGCAAGGCAACAUCAGCGACGUGCAGCAAGGGAGAGGAUGAUGAUGGAUACAGAAAGAAAGGCAUUAGCAUUAGCCUCGCAAGUGAGCAGAUCUUUACACGGCUAAACUUACAGAUCUUUUUUUUUCGAGUCACGUAGAUUUGUACCAUUAUUCAUUACCUUCAAAGAAAAGAGUUACUUCAAUUGUACAGAAACUGUAAGGCACUAUUGAGUUUCAGCGAGAAGUGCCAAUUUUGCCUGCCGAA